CCGGCGCAAAGAAACACCAACAUACAACUGUUUUCUCUUUCGCCAAUAUGUCGUUAGCACAAGCCUCGAAAGGCGAUAUGUCCUACAAAGUGCGCUCACUUUACCGCUCGCUAUUACGGCAAAGCAGCCAGUUCGCCGCCUAUAACUUUCGCGAGUAUGCCAAACGGAGAACGCGCGACAGCUUCCGGGAACACAAGAGCGUGACGGAGGAGAACAGUGUUCGGGAUCUUUUACAGAAGGGUCAGAAGGAACUGCAGAUGCUGAAGAGGCAAACCGUUAUAAGCCAGUUCUACCAAAUCGAUCGGUUGGUUGUGGAGGGUGGAAAGACGGGGAAGCAGACGGGUAAUGAGGGGGAUAUUGUGAGGCAGAAGGACCAAGGUUGGGAUUAAGUUCUAUGCAGAGGUGGCGAAGUAGAUGCGUUUGGCGAGAUGUUGUCGUAAAACCAUUGGAAACUCUUUCCAGACGAGUCAAGUGCAUUCAGGUCGCACAUACAACGUCAUCGGCUAGAAGCUCUUCCGUCUCUCGAGACUGUAUCAUAUUGUGGGGGAUGGAUGAUGGAAAUCAGAAUGUAGAUGUACGAUAAUGAACAGGUUCACGCCCGCAGUGUAUGCCUGUAGUCAUCGUCUUCAAUCCUGAUCCUGAUAGCCAAGGUUUCGUUUAAUAUCACCCAACAUCGCAUUAGUUGAUGUGCAUGACAGGAUCCGUACAUUUUCUCCAAAUAGCUACUGCCUUGAGUUGAAGAAACCUUAUGCAAAUCAGAAACC